AUGAUCCCAUUGGGUCUGAGAUGGAGUCAGUCGGCAGUAAUGAUUCCUGGGUCUGAGAUGCAGUCAGUCGGCAGUAAUGAUCCCAUUGGGUCUGAGAUGGAGUCAGUCGGCAGUAAUGAUCCCAUUGGGUCUGAGAUGCAGUCAGUCGGCAGUAAUGAUCCCAUUGGGUCUGAGAUGGAGUCAGUCGGCAGUAAUGAUCCCAUUGGGUCUGAGAUGGAGUCAGUCGGCAGUAAUGAUCCCAUUGGGUCUGAGAUGGAGUCAGUCGGCAGUAAUGAUCCCAUUGGGUCUGAGAUGCAGUCAGUCGGCAGUAAUGAUCCCAUUGGGUCUGAGAUGGAGUCAGUCGGCAGUAAUGAUCCCAUUGGGUCUGAGAUGCAGUCAGUCGGCAGUAAUGAUCCCAUUGGGUCUGAGAUGGAGUCAGUCGGCAGUAAUGAUCCCAUUGGGUCUGAGAUGGAGUCAGUCGGCAGUAAUGAUCCCAUUGGGUCUGAGAUGCAGUCAGUCGGCAGUAAUGAUCCCAUUGGGUCUGAGAUGCAGUCAGUCGGCAGUAAUGAUCCCAUUGGGUCUGAGAUGGAGUCAGUCGGCAGUAAUGAUCCCAUUGGGUCUGAGAUGGAGUCAGUCGGCAGUAAUGAUCCCAUUGGGUCUGAGAUGGAGUCAGUCGGCAGUAAUGAUCCCAUUGGGUCUGAGAUGCAGUCAGUCGGCAGUAAUGAUCCCAUUGGGUCUGAGAUGGAGUCAGUCGGCAGUAAUGAUCCCAUGGGUCUGAGAUGGAGUCAGUCGGCAGUAAUGAUCCCAUUGGGUCUGAGAUGGAGUCAGUCGGCAGUAAUGAUCCCAUUGGGUCUGAGAUGCAGUCAGUUGGCAGUAAUGAUCCCAUUGGGUCUGAGAUGCAGUCAGUCGGCAGUAAUGAUCCCAUUGGGUCUGAGAUGCAGUCAGUCGGCAGUAAUGAUCCCAUUGGGUCUGAGAUGGAGUCAGUCGGCAGUAAUGAUCCCAUUGGGUCUGAGAUGGAGUCAGUCGGCAGUAAUGAUCCCAUUGGGUCUGAGAUGGAGUCAGUCGGCAGUAAUGAUCCCAUUGGGUCUGAGAUGGAGUCAGUCGGCAGUAAUGAUCCCAUUGGGUCUGAGAUGGAGUCAGUCGGCAGUAAUGAUCCCAUUGGGUCUGAGAUGCAGUCAGUCGGCAGUAAUGAUCCCAUUGGGUCUGAGAUGCAGUCAGUUGGCAGUAAUGAUCCCAUUGGGUCUGAGAUGCAGUCAGUCGGCAGUAAUGAUCCCAUUGGGUCUGAGAUGCAGUCAGUCGGCAGUAAUGAUCCCAUUGGGUCUGAGAUGGAGUCAGUCGGCAGUAAUGAUCCCAUUGGGUCUGAGAUGGAGUCAGUCGGCAGUAAUGAUCCCAUUGGGUCUGAGAUGGAGUCAGUCGGCAGUAAUGAUCCCAUUGGGUCUGAGAUGGAGUCAGUCGGCAGUAAUGAUCCCAUUGGGUCUGAGAUGGAGUCAGUCGGCAGUAAUGAUCCCAUUGGGUCUGAGAUGCAGUCAGUCGGCAGUAAUGAUCCCAUUGGGUCUGAGAUGGAGUCAGUCGGCAGUAAUGAUUCCUGGGUCUGA